UUGCAAAAUUCCCAAACUUCGAAAUUCCGGCCAACCUCAAAACCGCCAUCACAAAAGCUCAAUUCGGGGGGUUUUUCGCUUUGCGCACACUACCUUACUAACGACUUCCCAACAGCCAACAACUCCCACAUACAAUUCAAGAUGGCUGACCGAGGCGGUGCCCGCGGAGGCGGUUUUGGUUCUCGAGGUGACCGAGGCGGCGAUCGUGGCCGCGGCCGUGGCAGAGGCCGAGGUCGUCGCGGUGGUGCGAAGGACAGCGAGAAGGAGUGGAUGCCCGUCACCAAGCUUGGUCGUCUCGUGAAGGCUGGCAAGAUCAAGAGCAUGGAGGAGAUCUACUUACACUCUCUCCCUAUCAAGGAGUACCAGAUUGUCGACUUCUUCCUGCCCAAGCUCAAGGAUGAGGUCAUGAAGAUCAAGCCCGUCCAGAAGCAGACCCGUGCCGGUCAGCGAACUCGAUUCAAGGCUAUUGUCAUCAUUGGUGACUCUGAAGGUCACGUUGGUCUUGGUAUCAAGACCUCCAAGGAAGUUGCCACCGCCAUCCGUGCCGCUAUCAUUAUCGCCAAGUUGAGCGUCAUCCCCGUUCGACGUGGUUACUGGGGUACCAACCUUGGUCUUCCUCACUCUCUACCUGUCAAGGAGAGUGGAAAGUGCGGUUCCGUCACAGUCCGACUUAUCCCCGCCCCCCGUGGUACCCAGAUCGUCGCAUCUCCCGCUGUCAAGCGUCUCCUACAGCUUGCCGGUAUCGAGGAUGCCUACACCUCGUCGUCCGGUUCGACCAAGACCCUCGAGAACACCCUGAAGGCUACUUUUGCCGCCAUCUCUAACACCUACGGAUUCCUGACGCCCAACCUGUGGUCCGAGACGAAGUUGAUCAGAAGCCCGCUGGAGGAGUACGCGGAUACUCUCCGGGAAGGAAAGCGAUACUAAAUGCGGAAUUCGGGGCAUACGGCGUAGACUCGUUCUUGUUUUCUAAUUGCAUCGGUGCCGGGUAGGCAGGCAUCAGACUAAGGCAGCAAAAAUAGCAGCUCGAUUCUGAAAAUUCAUACUUAUGAUCCAUUCCCUAGUGCACUGUGAAGUUUUUAAAUUUUGCAUGAUGUUGACUAUAGAAACUUAUAGCAGGGGCCGAGU